AUGACCACCGCACCACCGGUGCAUGCUGUCCCCGACGGGAUGCCCGGUCAUCUCGUGAACUUACCUCGCUAUCACCCCAUUGCCAUGAAUCCUAAUCCACCACCUCAUAUGCCACCUCCAGAAAUGAUGCAGAACCAUCACUAUCGGCACUUUGCGCCAAUGCAUGAGCACCAUCCCGCAGUGCCUCCCGUCCACAGUCCAGCGACCCUGGAGCACAUCGAAGCUCGGCUUCGGCAUCUAGAACACGAGGAAAUGGCUCGCAAUGCCACCCGCAGCCGCAUUCUGGCAAUGCGCAAGCAUGAGGAUGAGGAAUUUCGAGCAAUGACAGAGCGGGCGGAGGCCGAGGAAGAGGAUCUUCGGAGGCAACGUAAAAAGCUGAAGCGCGAGUCCAUGGGCCUGGGGCUCAACGCCGCUGCGGAUUCGCCGCCGCUACGCCCAACACCUCCACGCCGGUUAUCAGAGACCAGUGCGGCAACGACACUGGCAUUUUUCAAACAGCAGAGUCCCCCCGAACCUCGCCAAGCACCUCUUCCACCUUCAUCUCAGGCACCACCUAUGCCACCACCUCACAUGCACGCUCAACCUCACCAAGCUCCCCCACCCCCGCCAUCUCACCCAAUCGUCUCCCACGACUCAUUACACAACGGCUCUAUCCGCCGGAAACAAAAAUACACCAUCAAAAACGUAGAAGCAUGGGGCGAGCGCCACGGCCGCCCAGCAGCCCACGAUCCCUCCGGACGGGCAUUGUGGAAACGACCCUCCGACGGAAGCCUCGUAUAUCUCACCUGUCCCAUCCCAGGGUGCGGCAAAUCCGACUUCGUCACGCUCCACGGCUUCAUGUGCCACCUCACCAAGAAACACAAAGACCGCAGUCUGGGCAGCCAAUCCCGCGCCCUCGAAGUCUGCGGUGUAGUCUUUGAUCCUAACGCCCCCCUCCCACCCGUGAUGAACCACCGCGGCUCUACAGAGGGAAGUCCCCCCGGUUCCAACCCCAUGGACCAAGACGGGGACCAGCACGACGACGAAUUGGACUCGGACUCCGAAGUCGAGCCCGAUUACAGCGUCAAAACCGAAGUCAUGGAUCGAUUCAUGCCCGACGCAGAAGGCACACCUACUGAAUCGACUCCUCCCAAGCCUGUGAACGGCUCAACCAAGCAAUCUAUCAUGUCCAUUAUCGACCGCACACCUGAGACCGAGCGCGAGGCGCUGGUUGCCCUGUCUUCAGCUGAUCCUCAGGGACCCUCGUCCGAGUCGUCUGUGCCGUCCAAGCGAAAAUACGAGUAUUCGCCGCCCACGGCGGAGAAAGAAAACGCGGAGCCUAAUGAGCGUGCGGAAUAA